AUGACACACAGAAGGCUUGGUCAAGUUGACCUAUUUGGUACAUCAUUCUGGCCUUUGCCACCCAUUAACUUGAAUACAAGACAAGACACAUCAGAGGACCAAACGUUCAUGGCAAUACAAGAGAAUCUUACAUCUGCUGCCUUGCUCCAAGGUUUUGAUCCGUCGCGCAGUCGUACCCUGACUCAUAUGACUUUGGAUGUCCAAGGAGAGCGUAUCUGCAGCCAAAUUUGGUUGACAACAGAUGUCCCUAAUUUGGCUAACUGGAUGUGGGAACCUGUUUCAGACGACUUGAGAGUUUUGCUUCAUGGAGAAUACAAAGGUGACAGAACUGAACCAGAGUUAUCCCUUCCGUUUUGCGCAAGGGAAGCAAGCAGGCUCUUCUCAAGCUUGGUAGAAAGGCCGGGGAUGAUUGUUGACGGUUGGUCUGUUAAGGAGUCCGUAAAUGGUUAUAAGUCAUACACAGCUCAUGGGAGAGGCCUCGUAGGGGACAAACCUAUUGAUGUAGAAGAUCUAAUAGACCUGAAAGGUUAUUGA